UAGUAUUUCGGCUAAGCGGCAAGCCAGAGUCAUGGCGGAAUGUUUACGUGGACAUGGAAUGUUUUAUUUGCGAUCAUUAUUGAUAGUGCACUAACAUCAUCUUAUCAAGACAUGUCAGGACAACAAAAUGAUAUUAAAACCUUAUCUACAGCAUGUAACAAUUUUAUAAUCCCGUUAUACAAGAGUUUAACAACCAACACUGACAGCAACGUUAUAAUUUCUCCUUUAAGCUUGCAUAUGAUAUUAUCUUUACUUUCUAAUGGUGCUGGAGGAUCUACAUUGAACGAACUAAAAUCUGUUCUUCAUUAUGACAAUAUAGUUUCUGCAAAUGAUAAAUUUAAAACUCUGAUUUUCUUGUUGAAAGGCAUUGAAAACAUUGAAUUGCAUAUAGCAAAUAAAAUAUAUGUUCAAGAUGGAUUUGAUUUAAUGGCUGAAUUUUUAGCAAUAUGCACAAAUACAUUCCAGUCUUCAAUUUCAAGAUUGAACUUCAAAAAUAACGAGCUUGCUGUAAAAACUAUUAAUUCAUGGGUUCAAGAAGCAACAAAUAAUAAGAUAUUUGAUAUAAUUUCUUCUGAUGAUAUUGAUGAAGAUACAAGACUUAUGUUAAUAAAUUCUAUUUACUUUAAGAGUAAAUGGUUACAUAAGUUUGAUGAAAUGAAUACAGUAAAGCGCAAAUUUUAUAUUUCCAAAACAGAAACAAGUCUUGUUCCGAUAAUGUUUAAAACAUCAAAGUAUGCUUAUGGCAAAAUAUCUAUUUGGGAUACGACAUUUAUUGAAAUUCCAUAUUUAAAUCAAGACAUUGUAAUGAUAAUAUUAUUGCCAGAUAGAGAAAUCGAAUUGCAAGUUUUAGAAAAUAAUUUUAACUGGAAAACGUUGGCAGAUGAAUCUAGGUCUAUUGGUGAGGUUGCACUAUAUCUACCUAAAUUUAACUUUGAAAUUACCAUAGAUUUGAAAGACACUUUACGUAAGAUUGGUUUAAAUACAAUCUUUGAGAAUGAUGCGGAUUUUACACAGCUCUCAAACAUUCCUCUGAAAGUAAGUCAUGCAUUACAAAAAAUUUUCAUCGAAAUUAAUGAAGAAGGUUCGGAAGCUGCUGCUGCGACAGUUGUGGGAAUGAGAUUGAAAAGGAUGGCAACUUUACCAAUGGAGUUCAUGGUGGAUCGUCCGUUCAUGUUUGCAAUUGAACAUAAACCAAGCGGAGUACCACUAUUUCUUGGAAGUGUGAGGAAAAUAGAGUUUUUCCAAGAAAAAGAUGAAUUAUAA